AUGGCAAACAGUACAAUGCAAUUCUCCUUAUUGUUGUUGGCUGUUUUCUCAGUUGUCGCUCAAGCUACCUUCAUUAACUGGUGGGACUAUAGCUAUUCUUUCAAUCUUGUUAAUGGUUGGGAUUCUGGCUUAAACCCAAAAAAUUGUUAUGAUAAUGUUUUAACCAACACUUUGUUUUUCAGUUGUACUGCUGACUUGGAAGUCACUUCUUUGUGGGGUAAGGCUUGCCAAAAAACAAAGUACCCUCACACUAAGUCUUUGACUACAUCUACUGUCGGUUGGUGGAAGACCUCUUGGUACACUUGGUGUCCAAUUCCUUCAACAGCUACUCCACCUUGUCCUCCUCCUACCACCAGUGUUCCAGUUAAGUGUUGCAACUACUGGGGUUUAUGUACUACUAAGACCACCAAGGCUACCAAAUGCACUACCACUAAAACAACUACUGGUUGUGUGAACACAUACACUUGGUGGGAGCCUUGUAAGGAUUCUUCUACUGCAGUUCCUUCCAGUACUCCAUGUACCACUUCCACUACUUCCACCACUCCAUCUAGCACUCCAUGCACCACUUCCACUACUUCCACUACUCCAACCAGUUCCCCAUGUACCACAUCUUCUACUAAAACCAGCACCCCAUGUACUACUUCCACCACACCCACCAGCACUCCAUGUGUCACAGCUCCUCCUCAAGUUACCACUGGUGUUCUCAGUUAA